CGGCUGGUUCAACUUAUCUUUUUCUCCGCUCCAGAGAAACUACUUACCAUGGCUAGAACCAAGCAGACUGCUCGUAAAUCCACCGGUGGCAAAGCCCCCAGAAAGCAGCUGGCCACCAAGGCAGCUAGGAAGAGCGCUCCCGCCACCGGAGGCGUUAAGAAGCCUCACCGUUACAGGCCCGGCACCGUGGCUCUCAGAGAGAUCCGUCGUUACCAGAAAUCCACUGAGCUGCUCAUCCGCAAGCUGCCCUUCCAGCGCCUAGUCCGAGAAAUCGCUCAGGACUUCAAGACCGACUUGCGCUUCCAGAGCUCGGCUGUCAUGGCUCUGCAGGAGGCCAGCGAGGCUUAUCUGGUGGGGCUCUUCGAGGACACCAACCUGUGCGCCAUCCACGCAAAGAGGGUCACCAUCAUGCCUAAAGACAUCCAGCUGGCCCGCCGCAUCCGCGGAGAGCGAGCAUAAAGUCUCACAGCUAACAACACUCAACGGCUCUUUUAAGAGCCAUUCACCACUUCAUUACAGAGCUUUAUUCUUCAGUUAGUAUUUAGGCUGAAAAAGCAUACA